GCGCAAAUCCAACCACCCCGUUCAAGACCCCGGACUGUCCGACGUGGUCUGUUAGUUGGAAACCCUGGGUUGCGCAAAAUGCACGCUUCGAGAGAUGACUUAUAGGGGUUUAUGGGGGGUUGUGCCCAAGCAUGGCCUGCUUCUGUGCAAAUGCCAAGCACCCGUUCUUAUACAUGCGACCGCGCGAAAACCUGUUACUCGCUACACUUGCAUCCGCGAAGUUCGGAUCCCAGCGGACUUUGAGGAUCCGCGGGAAAUUGACCGUCCUUCGCGUGAGGUGUGGACCUUUGCGUGCGAGUUGCUACCGGGAGGAGUAUUGGUUCGCAAAAUUCCUCGCCGUACGGAAUGCCCAUUCAGGGGUUUACAGGGGUUUCCGUCGGUGCCAUCAUGCGUGUCCGUUAUCGGGGUGUCGUCGAUCCCGACGAGUUUUGGCAGUCGGAGGCCCUGGGGUGCGCAGAAUGCUCACUUCAAGAAAUGGCUUGUAGGGGUCUACGGGGGUGCGCCCAAUCAUCAUCUGCUUCUGUGCAAACGUCGACCAACCGUUCCAACCGCUGCAGCCGCACGAAAACCUGUGCCUCGCUGCACUCGCAUCCGCCAAGUUCGGGUCCCGACGGACUUUGAGGAUCCGCUGGAAUCCAACCGUCCUACGCAUGACGCGUGGACCAUUGCGUGCGACUUGAUUGCGAGAGGAGUGUUGGUGCACAAAAUUCGUCGCCGUCUGGAAUGCCCUUGUAGGGGUUUACGGGGGUUUCCGUCGGUGCCAUCAUGCGUGUCCGUUGUCGGUCUGCCGUCGAUCCCGACGUGCUCUGGGUUCAGUGCUCUUGGAGAGGACUACGAAAGAAAUCCGCAAGGGAACUAUAAAUUCUGUUAUCAUUGGAUAACAGCUGAAGAAGGCGAUUGCCCCAACAGAGCUAGGAGGAGGAGUAAGGGUGGUGAGGUGACGAGUCGGCAAGGUGGUGCGACAAGUGUCGAUGAGCGGUACAACCAAGCGGUGGCGUUCUGGCUGGAAUAUAAGCGAAAUGAUGAUGGUGACAUCGUGGAGAAGGAGCACUCAAUUCAACUGGUCAUCGACCCCAAGAAGGACAUUCUCGUGCUUAAGGGAGUGUUCGUGCAAUCGGUGGGUGAGACACUUAGAUGCCAGCAUAAGCCGGGAGUUAAAGUGAUGGCCGCAACGAUGAAAGUGUAUCGAAUGAUGCUUCGCAUGUUCCACUAUAUCUUGUUCCUUGAACAAGAGGUGGACGAUGACGCUUGGCGCUAUGGAAGCUCAUUUUUCCAGACCCAAGAGCAGCUUCUGGCGGAGUUCGCGCCGCAGAGCCUCACAAAUGCGUCGUGGGAGUCGGUGUCAAAUUUCCUGAAAUGGUUGGAGCAUGUUUUCUUUUUGAGGGCAGAACCACUAACCGUCGAGAACUACAAGGCACAGUUUAAUGAGGAGGGCCCUUUCGAGGCUGAAGAUAUGGAGGAGGUGAGCGACUCCAAAUCCUUCGAUUUCGAGCCCAUGCAACUUCCUGAGGUAGUGCCACAGUUGGUUAUGGCAAUCAAGGAAGCCGGCGGCAAGUGGAGUGCCCUUUAUAGACUGGGAGCGCGUCCAUUUAAGAAAAAAGCCAAAGAAGCUAUUGUGGAGCAUUUGAGUGUAGUUAAGCCCGGAAGGCGCCCGCAGGACGUCGACGCCUAUGUAGUCCAAAAUCUUAACGAGCUCUACGACAACAAACUCUUGGAGUUUCGAGCGCCUUUCUACCCACUUGAUUCGACACCGUCUCGUGACAUUGAUUGGCGCAUGCCGCAACCUCCGGCCGGUGGCCAGCAUCCGGGAGGCGGUGGAGCUGGAGGAGGUGACGAAGGAGACGACUCAGGAACCGGCGUGGACAUAGCAGAGGGGAAGCCGUCGGGCGGAGAGGGUUCAGGAAGGGGGUCUGGCGAAACGGAAUCGGGCUCAAAAGAGUCUGGCGGAAAGGGGUCGGGCGGAAAGGGGUCGGGUGGCAAACGUAGAGCCUUCGGGACUCACGAGUCUAAGGGAUAUGAAUUUCGGCACAAUGAUCCUCUGCUCACCACCGUUCUCAAAUGUUGGAAGUCGAGACUGACCAUCUCGCAAAGUGUUGGAGGGCCCGCCGCAGGAGUGUUGGAGAUCGGGGGUAGCGAGCAUCAAUGUCAUGUUACGGAGGGUGCGCCCAUUGACUUUGAGAGCAAGAGUACAGCAACUGCGGGGGAAGAGGAGCUCCCAGCAAAAACGCAUGUUGUGCAGCGGGAAGAGCUGGGUGGUCGCAAAAUGAUGAUUCAAGAUGCUAUUGAGUUAAGCGACUCAGCCAUGGUGGAGGUGCAGCACAUCGAAUCCUCCGUGGACGUUGGCAUAGUUCUCCCUCCACGAAAUCUGGAGCACGGCAACGCAUCAAAACUAAGCUUUGUUCUUGGUGGUGCCCUCAUAACUUCGCACCCUUUGCGAUCUGGCAAGCUUAGACGGACAUCUGCGAAAGUCUUUUCCAGAUCUUGUAGGUCUUCGAGAAUCCUCUGGAGGUAUAUCCUGGAUGCACGAGACAACUUGAGUGGGUUCGUGGAGGAGGUCGUUCUCAAGAAAAAGACAGGGAGAAGUGUAGCGGACUGGAUAGAAGACUUCUACUUGAGGCAUCCCUUCGUCAGGAGGUUUAUAGCGGACAAUGAGACAAAAUUUGUGAACCAAGAAGUAUUGGGAAUGCUUAAGAGACUCUGCGUACCGAUCAAACUCAUCGAGCCGUAUCACCCGGAGGCCAGUGUACCUGUGGAAAGAGGGCACCGAACCUUAAAGAACAAGAUUGCGAAGCUCGCAGCGGACCAUUUGGGAAGCUGGCUUAGGUAUCUCUAACAGGCUGUCUUCUAAGAGAACAUGACACCUAAGAGGACAACGAGGUGUUUCCCAGCAGAACUUUGGUACGGAAGAGAGAUCGACUUUCCCGUCGAAGUCUUGAUACCUACCUGGAACAGGACCAAAGACAAAAGUAAAAAUGGAAUUCGGCA